CAGCUGAUGCUCUUAGAGACCAAGCUUUCACAUACAACACAUUGAGCAGCUGGAGCUGUCACAGGCUGGAGCCUCACUGAGAGACAAUACACACAAUCCCAGUGCCCUGCUGCAUUGCUCACACGGAUUUCCCUGCUCUACAGUGGAUCAUUGCUGCCCGGCUCCAUCCUCAGACUCCAUCCUCUGCUCCACUUCUAUAGGGAUAUCUACUCUUCCAGGAGUGACCCUGCCUGCUUGUGUCCUGCUCUCACACACGCACAGAUCCCUGCAGCAGUGCACACAGCAAGACUCUCACCCUUAGGAUUGUGCUUGUUCGAUCCCCGCUGGAAGGAGAGAGCUCAGCAAGAGAGGAACAUGUCUUCUGCAACAUCUCCCAUCAUUCUGAAAUGGGACCCGAAAAGCUUGGAAAUCAGGACUCUUACUGUGGAAAGCCUGUUGGAGCCACUAGUAACCCAGGUCACUACCCUCGUGAACACCAGCAGCAAGGGCCCCUCUGGUAAAAAGAAAGGGAGGUCGAAGAAGGCGCACGUGUUGGCUGCCUCGGUGGAACAGGCCACUCAGAACUUCCUGGAGAAGGGCGAGCAGAUUGCAAAAGACAGCCACGAUCUCAAGGAGGAAUUGAUCUCUGCGGUGGAAGACGUCCGGAAACAAGGAGAGACUAUGAGAAUGGCCUCAUCGGAGUUUGCAGAUGACCCUUGCUCCUCUGUGAAACGUGGUACCAUGGUGAGGGCGGCCCGUGCGCUCCUUUCUGCUGUCACCCGACUGCUCAUCUUGGCAGACAUGGCUGAUGUCAUGAGGCUCUUAACUCAUCUAAAAAUUGUGGAAGAAGCUCUGGAAUUAGUAAAGAACGCAACCAAUGAGCAGGACCUGGCCCAUCGCUUCAAAGAAUUCGGGAAAGAGAUGGUGAAACUCAAUUACGUGGCGGCAAGGAGGCAACAGGAACUGAAAGACCCUCAUUGCCGGGAUGAAAUGGCAGCGGCCCGGGGCGCCCUGAAGAAGAACGCCACCAUGUUAUACACGGCUUCACAAGCAUUCCUACGCCACCCUGAUGUGGCAGCAACCCGGGCCAACAGGGACUAUGUGUUCAAGCAAGUGCAAGAGGCCAUAGCCGGGAUCUCUAACGCUGCCCAGGCCACCUCGCCCACCGAUGAGAAGCAGACGCACACUGGCAUCGGCGAGUUGGCAGCUGCACUAAAUGAGUUUGAUAACAAGAUCAUACUAGAUCCCUUGACCUUUAGUGAAGCAAGGUUCCGUCCUUCUCUUGAAGAGAGGCUGGAGAGUAUAAUAAGUGGUGCGGCUCUAAUGGCAGACUCCUCUUGCACACGUGACGACCGCCGAGAAAGAAUUGUAGCCGAGUGCAAUUCGGUCAGACAGGCCCUCCAAGAUCUGCUGAGCGAGUACAUGAACAAUUGUCGAUAUGGGACUUGGAUGGAUGAGAGCUGUAAGAGUGGAAGAAAAGAAAAAGGUGAUUCACUAAACAUCGCCAUUGACAAAAUGACCAAAAAAACACGGGAUCUGCGUAGACAGCUUAGGAAGGCAGUAAUGGACCAUAUCUCAGAUUCCUUCCUGGAGACUAAUGUUCCCCUGCUGGUUCUUAUCGAGGCAGCAAAGAGUGGCAAUGAGAAAGAGGUAAAGGAAUAUGCUCAAGUCUUCCGUGAGCAUGCCAACAAAUUGGUUGAGGUGGCUAAUCUGGCUUGUUCCAUUUCAAAUAAUGAAGAAGGAGUAAAGUUAGUCCGCAUGGCAGCAACGCAAAUUGACAGCCUCUGCCCACAGGUCAUUAAUGCAGCCUUGACAUUGGCUGCCAGGCCCCAGAGUAAAGUUGCUCAAGACAAUAUGGAUGUCUUCAAGGAUCAGUGGGAGAAACAAGUUCGGGUUCUUACUGAGGCUGUUGAUGACAUCACAUCGGUUGAUGACUUCCUCUCUGUCUCAGAGAACCAUAUUCUGGAGGAUGUGAAUAAAUGUGUCAUAGCUCUGCAAGAAGGGGAUGUAGAUACACUCGACAGAACAGCAGGGGCAAUAAGGGGCCGCUCUGCCAGAGUUAUCCAUAUCAUUAACGCAGAAAUGGAAAAUUACGAAGCUGGAGUUUACACUGACAAGGUUUUAGAAGCCACCAAACUACUAUCUGAAACUGUAAUGCCCCGUUUUGCUGAACAAGUUGAAGUUGCCAUUGAAGCAUUAAGUACAAAUAUUCCCCAACCAUUUGAGGAGAAUGAAUUCAUUGAUGCAUCCCGCUUGGUUUAUGAUGGAGUCAGAGACAUACGGAAAGCUGUGCUGAUGAUAAGGACACCCGAAGAACUGGAAGAUGAUUCAGACUUUGAACAGGAGGAUUAUGAUGUUAGAAGUCGAACAAGUGUGCAAACAGAAGAUGACCAGCUUAUUGCUGGCCAAAGUGCCAGAGCUAUCAUGGCUCAACUUCCGCAAGAAGAGAAAGCAAAGAUUGCAGAGCAAGUGGAGAUCUUCCAUCAAGAGAAGAGCAAACUGGAUGCUGAAGUGGCCAAAUGGGAUGACAGCGGGAAUGAUAUCAUUGUGCUGGCUAAACAGAUGUGCAUGAUCAUGAUGGAAAUGACAGAUUUUACCAGAGGGAAAGGUCCACUGAAGAAUACAUCUGAUGUGAUUAAUGCAGCCAAGAAGAUUGCAGAGGCUGGUUCCAGAAUGGACAAGCUUGCACGGGCUGUUGCUGAUCAGUGCCCUGACUCAGCUUGCAAGCAGGACUUACUGGCCUAUCUUCAGCGGAUUGCUCUCUACUGCCAUCAGCUUAACAUUUGCAGUAAAGUGAAAGCUGAGGUUCAGAAUCUGGGAGGUGAAUUAAUUGUUUCAGGGACUGGAGUGCAGAGCACUUUCACUACAUUUUAUGAAGUAGCAGGUGAUGUCAUAGCAGGAGGCAGGGACAGUCAACUUUCCCUCGACCUGCUCCCCUCCUGUACUGAAGGAUCUCUUUUCGGAAGUGGAAGCAGGGACUCUACUAUGCUGGAUAGUGCAACAUCCUUAAUCCAGGCAGCAAAGAAUUUGAUGAAUGCUGUAGUCCUCACUGUCAAAGCCUCCUAUGUGGCCUCUACAAAAUAUCAGAAGAUUUAUGGUACAGCUGCAGUAAACUCACCUGUUGUGUCUUGGAAGAUGAAAGCACCUGAAAAGAAACCUCUGGUGAAAAGGGAAAAGCCUGAAGAAUACCAGACACGAGUAAGAAGAGGAUCUCAGAAGAAGCACAUCUCUCCUGUACAGGCUCUAAGUGAAUUUAAAGCUAUGGAUUCAUUCUAAGACACUAGGCUUUAAUAUGAGGAUUUUUUAAAAGUUAUUUUUUUGUAUGCAUACCUGCCGACUUGUAUGUGUCUGGCAUGAAGGAAGACAAAUUAUAGUGUCAAUUGUGCAUGCUACCUGAGGUUUUAUUGGAUUUAACAUUUAUUUGCUACAAAGCAAAUAUAGAGAUAACUAAUAUAGUAUUAACCCCUUCUAAGGCCAUUGUUGUCCCCUGAGUUUAUUACCCUCAUCUUUGAGGGCCAAAUAAGGUUUUGAGAGACCUGUUAGUUCCUGUUCAGUUCCAGAAAAAAACAUAUUUUUCAAGCUUUGACACUGAAGAAUAUUGUAUGCCAAUGAGUUUCAUUGGAAACAUCAGAAGGGCUUCAUUUUAAAAUAUAUUAUGCAUGCAGGAAACAUUAGGUUGGCAGGUAUCUAGGUUAACAAUGAAAGAGUAACGGUAGACCAUUCAGCUUGUAAUGCUUUUGUUUCAGUGCACAAAUAGUCAGUUUACCUUAGUGUGUGGCCCAGAUGACUGAGUAAUAAAGUUUAACAUUUUUGUCAUAGUAUGUUGCUAUCUAAAAGGAAUGAAGAAAAAAAUAGAAUAAUAAUCGAAUUUAAAAAAAAUGCCUUCCCAUUCUUGUGUAUUUUGUUCUGUAUGUUACAAUGUGUAAUUUAACAACAUGUUACCUUAUAACCCCAGAAAAUAACUACUAAAUUUAAUCUGUAUGGUGCAAUGUGAAGCACAAUAAAGUGACUGGCAUCAUAUUGUAUUAGAAUUGCAAUUACAUUACAUUAUGGUGAAUGUGUGUUGGUUUGAAAACAAAAUUACAGUGUGGCAGCUUAAAAGCAAAAUGUACAACACCAGUAGCUUGGAAUCUGGAUAUCUUUUAUGCCUUUGAAUUCACUAACUCAAUAAAGUAUUUGGCUUAUUAUUGUAAAUUUUGCUUCUGGUUCGGCAACUAUCUAUUUGGAUCUAUUAGGGUAACAGAAGUGCUUAUUAUUUAGAAAGAAUGAAAUGCUCCUGUGAUUUAUCAAGGAAUGCCUUAAUAAAGCCUUUCUUUCCCCAA